AUGCACCGAAGAGUUGAAUAUCAUACCGCUGUCCAAUCUUCACAACGCUUUGCUUGGUGUCCAGCGUUGGUGCAGCGCCAGUUCUGUGUUGACCAUUGGACGAGCGAUCACGUGCUGUUCUGCGUCUUUCCCUCAUUCUCCCAUCCCAUUCCCAGAAUGGUUUCGGAAGUCGAUCUAGCCGUAACAGUGCAUUAUAAGACUUCAAGCUCCAAGGCAAAACUUUCCUCGGUGGAGGAAGCGACACCUAUCAUCCGUCGAGACCUCUCUGUUUUGAAACACGUACAUCCUAAGCAAGCAAAUAUCUCCAUUGUCUGGCCAGGAGCGGUGCGCUUCUACUGGUCCUGUCUACCUGGUUCCGUGAUAUACCAAACAGUGAAAACACUGGAUUCAGACACCAAUAACAAUCCCUCCUUCAGAAGAACUCUUGACUCGCUGUUCAUCGAACGCAUCAUUGUUCGCGAAACAGAGAGUCGGCAACCUGUCUUUCAAUCUCCAGCCACAACUUUAGAGCCAGCAGUCAGCAUCAAGGCGGAACCUGUAUAUGACAUACCCAUCCCACCGUACUCUAGAGGCUCAGACGUGAUAGACGUAGACAAACCCUCAACACCACGAAUAUUGCGGCGAGAUCGGUAUAAGUCGUCUUCUGAAUCGACAAGCGAGAACAGGGUGAGUUACGAGGACUCUCACACCCUACAACUCGAGCUAUCCGAAGUUCGACGCCGAAUCAACAUAGAGAUAGUGCGGGAGCGAGCGAUCUUGAGUAAACUUGAAGCCUUGGGCGAAACCAAUAGUGAUGCCGACGACGACAUAUCCUCCGUUAAGGCGAGAUUCAGGCUACUGGAGGCCGAAUUACGCCAGGAGCGCUUGCGGCGUCACCAAGCUGAAGCUUUUGUCGACGACAUUCGCAGAGAGCAACAGACACCGUUUGUGGUUCCGGCCCUUCUGGAUGCAUUCGCGGACAUAUCUCGUCUCACAAAUGAGAGCCAUUAA